UCCAGCUGCGGAGGGUUUCAGUCGCGCAGUGAAUCAUGGGAGAUCAGGUGUGACCAUUCUCUGUGGUCUCUUUGAUCUCUGCUGUCGCCAGUUUCCUUGUUCUUCUUGUUGUCGCCAGAUCCUCCUCCGUCCUCCAGAACCGAACUCCUGCGGUCGGAACCCGUCCGACCCGGAUCUCACCGCGACCCGGAAACAGUACCGGUAUCAUACCCCCGGGAGUUUAAAAAAAGGACGACUUUAAUCUCGCUCUUUGUCGCUACCUGUCGCCGCUCACCUGUCGCCGCCAUCAUGUCAGCGGGGCGGUAAUGGCAGCAGAGCGCGAGACUCACCGGGAGACAGCGCGAGACGAACCGAGGACGGAAUAAAAGACAAAAAGGGGGACCUGGAGCGACAUGGAUUUACUGGACUCAGGACAGAAGUUCAGUCCCAGACAGACCAUAGCAGAAACAGUAAAAGCAGCCUCAGAGCCGGACUGGGACACCAACCUGCAGUUCCUGCCGGCCACAGACUCCAAGCGGCUGGAGAAGAAACCUGGCCGCAGGAAGAAGCUCUGGAUCGGGCUCGGCCUGCUGGUUUUGGCUGCCGCUCUGGCGCUGCUCACUGGGCUGCUGGUCUGGCACUUCCACUUACGCAGUGACGUCAGAGUCAAGAAGGUUUAUAUCGGCUCCAUGGGGAUCAAUAACCAGCGUUUCAUGCCAUCGUAUGAAGAUCCCAGCAGUCGUGAUUUUAAAAGCCUGGCCGCUCUGGUCAACAAGCAGCUCAAACUGAUUUACUCCAAAAAUUCAGUUCUGGCCAAAUACUUCAAAGGCUCCACAGUCCAGGCCUUCAGCGAGGGAGAUGGCGGAGGUGAUGGCGUCGUGGCGUAUUACCAGUCAGAGUUUGACGUCCACAUCAACCAGGAGGCCUCACUGGACGUAGCCGUCGAGUCCCUGGAGCCGCCUGCAGGAAGUCAGCAGAGUCGACAAGGACGAGUGCUGCUGAAACCCACCGACCCGCUCAGCGUCAACAGCGUCAUCUCACGAGCUAUAGACCCACGCAUGACGAGGACCACUUUAUUUGUGAAAAAGUCAUUCAACAUCCACGUCAAAGAAGCGGGAAUCGUCCAGUCUCCGGGGUUUCCAGACACUUCGUACCCACCAAACGUCUACCUUAAGUGGAGGCUUAGGGCCGACCCCGGGCACCGAGUCCGACUGGACUUCCACACUCUGAUCCUGGAGGACGACUGCCAACAAGACUUCAUCAAAAUCUACGACUCCCUGGCUACGAUAGAGCCCCGAGUCCUGACAGAACAGUGUGGAUACCCUCAUAAUUCCCUGUCCUACCUGUCUUCUGGGAAUGUCAUGUUGCUGACUCUGGUCACCAGCGAGGAAAAGAACUUCCCCGGCUUCAGAGCCAACUACUCCCAGAUCCCUCUGAUUGAACAAAAGUGUGGAGGUACACUGACUGGAGACAAAGGCUCCUUCUCCUCACCUUUCUUCCCAUCCAACUAUCCUCCACGGACUACAUGUGUCUGGAAAAUCGAGGCCCCUGUGAAAAAGUUUCUGAAGGUUCACUUCAAAAAGUUCCUCUUGGGAAAGUACAGCAGCCAGUGUUCCAAUGAUUAUGUUGACGUCAAUGGUCAAAGACUGUGUGGCAGUAAGCCAGAAAGCACCGUGGUCACCAGCCGAAGCAACGUGAUGACCAUUAAAUUUAACUCCGACUCGUCUAUCGUUGACCAGGGUUUCACUGCCGAGUACGAAGCCUUUGUCCCUGAUAAUCCUUGUCCUGGAAGGUUCCAGUGCACCAACAACCUGUGCAUCAACAGCACUCUGCAGUGUGACGGCUGGAACGACUGUGGCGACAGCAGCGACGAGGACGGCUGCACAUGCGAGGCAUCUCAGAUGAAGUGUAAAAAUGGCCGCUGUAAACCAAAGUUCUGGAAAUGCGACGGCAAUGACGACUGCGGAGACAACACAGACGAGGAAAACUGUGUAAAGUGUAAACCAGAAGAGUUUGCCUGCAGGAACAAACGCUGUAUCUCACAGAAGUUGAAGUGUAACGGAGUCGAUGACUGCUCAGAUGGAUCAGAUGAGUCUAAAUGUGAAAAAUCUCUGGUGUUGCAGCAGUGUUCAGAGUUCACCUUCCGCUGCAGGACCGGACGCUGCAUCAGCAAACUGAACCCAGAGUGUGACGGAGAGCAGGACUGUGAGGACGGCUCUGACGAGAACAGCUGCCAGUGCGGGCUGCGGCCGUACCGGAGCUCUCGUAUCGUGGGCGGUCAGGCGUCCCGGGAGGGGGAGUGGCCCUGGCAGGUCAGCCUCCACAUCAGGGGUGUAGGUCACGUGUGUGGAGCGUCGGUGUUGAGCAACCGCUGGCUGCUGACCGCCGCUCACUGUGUACAGGACAACGGACCAAACAAGUACUCCCAGGCGGACCAAUGGGAGGCCUUGCUGGGCCUGCAUGUGCAGAGUCAGACCAAUGAGUGGACAGUGAGGAGGAACGUGAGGCGUAUCAUCGCUCAUCAAAACUACAACAGCUUGACCUACGACAACGACAUCGCUCUGAUGGAGCUGGACACCAACGUAACCCUCAACCAGAACAUCUGGCCCAUCUGUCUGCCCUCACCCACCUACGACUUCCCAGCAGGCCAAGUGGCGUGGAUCACGGGCUGGGGGGCAACACAGAGAGCAGGCUUUGCGGCAACCAUCCUGCAGAAGGCGGAGGUUCGGAUCAUCAACAGCACGGUGUGUAAGACUCUGAUGGACGAAGUCACCGACAGGAUGCUGUGUGCUGGAGUCCUGAGAGGAGGCGUGGACGCCUGUCAGGGCGACUCCGGCGGGCCGCUGUCUGUCACCGGCCUCAGUGGGCGGGCCUUCCUGGCUGGCGUGGUGAGCUGGGGCGACGGCUGUGCUCGCAGAAACAAACCCGGCGUCUACACCCGAGUCACUAAAUACCGCAGCUGGAUAAAGGAGAACAGCGGAGUGUAGCAGCAGAGACACUCUGGAUUAUACGUGUUUCUCAUGGAUAUUAAGACUGGAGGUGAAUGUGGGUUGUGAUUGGUGAACAAAUAUAAUUAUUAUUAUUAUUCACAGCAGAAUCUGUGAAUUAUUCUUAAAUCUUCAAGUUUUUUAAGUUGCAGCAAAGCAGAAACUGAGAGCAGCUUUCUGUGUGUUUUAUUUUUUAUUUUUAGAUUAUUGAAACAGAUCACAACUCGAUUUGUCUUUUUAUACAGUAAUGAAGAUCAUAACUGUAACAUCCAGUGCUGUAAAUACAAACAAAAGAAUCCAGUGUUUAUAAGUGAGAUUUUGUUGUUGGGUUAUUCACAUGUUCAUUUUCUACUAAAGAUUACUUUGUACAAGUAAAUGUUUGAAACACUUGAUGUGUUUCCUCUUGAAGGUUAACUAUCUUGUAAAUAAUAAUGAUAAAAUGUACUCAGGGCUAAAAGGAAAAUACUUAAAUAUCAUCUGCGUUUAUGUUCCAGCUAUAAAUAACAACAUACUUUUGCAGUCUUCAGUCCAGCUAAUGGUUAAACAGGGUCAGUGUGUGUUUUUGGUUUUAGUUGAUAUAGUUUAGUAACUGUAGUCACUUCUGGAGUAGUCCCACCCUCUGUGGCAGAGCUGGUAUGAACGCGUAAAACAGGAUCAACAGGAUAAAACACUGAACUCUGUCACACACUGUCAGAACAAAAUGUUCACCUCAAGGUUCUUCAAACAUGGUUUAACUCCAGGCUAACAUGUUAGCCAGCUGAAAUUACCCAGUUAAUUCUAAUGUGCCUCUUUAAACACAUUUACAGGUUUAAUUUAUUUGUCUUGAAUAACUAUGAAUUUGAGUUAAGAAACCACUGUAAACAUAUUCCGACCAUCACAUAAAACACUGCAAAGAAAACAACAGUCAUCAAAUUAUAUGACACAUUCCAGAGUUCAGCCUUUUGCUCAUCAUAUCCAAGCUAAAAUUGUGAUAAAGACAAAUAGUUUUAGAUGUUUUUAAAAUGUUCAUUUCGCUCUCAUAACACUGCAAAACAUGUCGGUCAUAAUCCUGUUGACAAGCAGCAGGUUUGAAGGUCGAGUCCUUGUUGCUGUGAAAUCAGUUGCAGAGAAACUGAAAAAUCCAGUCUUAUCCAUGUGUGAUAAACAGUUCCUAUGUGAUCCAAAUAGGUUCCACGCCAGCAAAGUACCUUGAAAACACUCUAAAUAAUUCAAAGUAUCCAGAAAAACUGUCUGGUUUCAACAUUCAUUAUGGAGCUCCUCAGGGAAUCGUUCUUGGUCCUCUAGGGAUUUACACAAAACUAGUUAACACAAGUUAAAUACUAGCGUUUUUCCAAUUGAUUUAUUUAUUUUACCAUGUCAUCAAUGUAGAAUAUAAGACCACUAACAUCAAAUUUAAAAGAACCUUAAAGGUUCCUGAGAGCUCUUGUACAACAGGGUGUUCUCCAAUAAGUGUGUUAUGGCACAAACCAGGAUCUGAUAUUUAAAAGCAAACAACAAAAAGUUGCAAAAGAUCUUGCUUUAUUCAUACUUUUACUUAAUUUUUUUUUGUUUUCCCACUGAAUUUCAAUCUGUCUCUUUGUUCAAGUUUGAGCAGCACUACCUUAAAUCAGCUGUCUUUGUUACAUUACUUGUUUUUGUAUUCAUGUUUUGCACUCUGCGGUGGCAUAUUUUCUGCUGAAUGUAUUUAUUUGAACAAUGUUUCCUCAUUUGUGCAGCAGUUGGGUUUUUUGGAGUUUCAAGUCCACUUCUGUUCUUGGUUUUAUAGGAGUUAUACUUUUAGUUUGGUUGCUAGUGGUGUAUAUUUCUUUGCUGCAUGCUCAUUGGAAGGUGGAAGGAAUAUAGAGGAAACCUUUUGCCUGAGUUGAGGCCUGUUGGCCUGAUGAAUUUAGUUCAGUAGGAUAACUUUAAGAUAAUCAUGAAUGUAAUAAAGUGAGUUUUUACUGUAUUUGAAACUAGUUAAUGUCUAAGUGCAAAUACCUACAUGAAGGCUGAUUACAGUAUGCAAAUAUACAUUUUCUUUAUUAUUAUGAUGGAAUUGAAUGUUUUGCCUUUUUGGGGGGUAACUGCCAAAUCUCAUGCAAUAAAAACAUCCAUAACAAGUAAA